AUGAAAGACUUACGCGGUGUAACAAGGGCCCGUACCUUCGGACGGCUUGGAGCCCUCUGGGGCUAUUCACCUGCACCUAUGCCUCAGCAGCAGCAGCAGCUGCUGCUACAGCAGCAGCAGCAGCAGAAGGGGCAGCAACAGCAGUCUUCCACGUGGCUCUCGGCUUCUGGCCGUCGCAUGGGUAUAUCUAGCGGAGGUAACAGCAGCAACCCACCGAGCAACGCCCGCAGCAGCAGCAGCAAGAACAGCAGCAGCACCAACGACAUCACAACCAGCAGCAGCAGCAGCAGCACAAGCUGCAGCAGCAGAAGCUCUCAAGGGUCGGAAGGUGACCCUUUGCUGGUGGAAGAGCGUCGGGGGCCGCGGGGGGCCCCCUCUGUCUUUACUGUGAGCUUGAAUCGCCCGGAGCGUCUCAAUGCUUUAUCCCUUCCGCUGCUGCAGCAGCUGCAGCAGCUGCUGCUCUCCCUUGAGCGAAACGGAGAAACAAAUGCCCUUGUCAUCCUCAGAGGCGAAGGAGAUAAAAUAUUUUCUGCAGGUGGAGAUGUGAGGGCCAUUGCUGCAGGUAGUCCAGAGGCUGUCAUUUCUUUUUUUUCUCUCGAAUAUUCUCUCGACUUUUAUUUGGCGCAGCAAAGAGGGCCCCCAGUGGUGGCCCUCUGGGACGGCAUUGUCAUCGGUGGCGGAGUCGGGCUGUCUGUACACGGAGGGCUUCGUGUGUGUACUGAGAACACCUUGUUCUCAAUGCCAGAGGUUCACAUUGGGCUGUUCCCUGACGCGGGGAUGACUCAGGCCUUUGCUGAGGUGAGGCCUCGCGGGCUGGGACUCUUUCUGGCCCUCACGGGCGAGAAACUAAGAGCAGCAGACCUCAUGCAAACAGGGUUCGCAACCCACUACCUGCCAUCGGCCCUGCUCCCGGGAGCCAUUGCCCGCCUGCAAGAAGGGCCGCCUCUCCACGCCGACCCCAAGGUUUGGGCCUCCCAAAUUCUUGACGAAAUGCGCAGGGAGGCCCCUCUAGGGGCCCCUGCGACCCCCCCGGAAGCAGAUCGGCUGCUUCAGCCUGAUUUGCUGCAGUUCUUAGAGCGGUAUUUCGCUAACGCCAAGUCGCUGCAGAGCCUUGUGGCUGCCUUGGAAGAGAAUGCGAGUAGCAGUUGGUGCCGCAAGACCCUCAGCACUAUGCAGCGCGCCUGCCCGCUGUCUCUUGCUGUCUCUUUUAAAGCCAUUCGGGACAGAGAGAAGGCCACAGCAGCAGCAGCAGCAGCAGCAACAGCAGAGGCAGCAGCAGCGCCAACAGAGACAGCAGCAGGCGGUAUAGCCGCUUGCGGGGCCUUGGAGGGGGCGCCCAAGACAGGGCAGCACCAGCAGGAGCAACAGCGGCUGCAGCUUCUGCGAGAGGCCCUUCAGAUUGAGUUGGUGUUGAUGUGCAACAUGGCAGGACUUUCGAAUGCAAAUUUUAAAGAGGGGGCAGCCCAGCACCCUCAGGGAAGUCAGCGACGCUGCAGUGGCCCAAGUCUUCCAGUCGAGUAUUCCUUUGCGGUUAGCGAGGCUAUGAAGGCAGAAGAGGCAGAAGCAGCAGCAACAGCUGCAGCAGCAGCAGCAGCAGGAGUGGCUACUUGUCCCCAUUACAGAUGCUUAAAGGUGCCGCUUCUGCGGCUCCUUCCAUGUGCCGCUGCUGUUGCCGUUGCUGCAUGCGGGCCCCUCCUCCACUGCGGCUGCGUUGGCAAGACCUCCAUUCCUGGAUUUGCUGCCUUGAGGGGGGCCCACCAUGGGGGUCCCCGUUCAUCUUCACGGUUUGCAGCAGGCAGGCCGCGGAAAAGCUCACAAGGAUCCGCUGCAGUGAAGCAGCACCAGCAGCAGCAGCGCCGGCGGCAGCAGCAGCAGCAGCAGCGGCAGCAAGCAGGUGCAACAAGGCCCUCUGCUGCUCAUCCUGUUUCCCCUCUGUCUCUUCAAGAUGAAGGCGAAGGUACCCGUAAGAAAUCCCUUACAAGUUUUCUUGAUGGCCUGAGGCAGCAAGAGGGGCUCUGGGCCUUAGGGGGCCCCAUGGGGCCACUCCCCAAACCCAAGCUCGGCGUACCCAUUGAGGCUGCAAUUUCAAGCAGCAGCAGCAGCAGCAGCAGCAGCAAGUUACAGCAAGUGCUCAAGUCGGGAGACUACAGUCGCCUGAAGCCGUCGUUCUUGGGGUCGUUCUUGCUGCCUAUACACCGCAAGGAGGAGGUGGAGGAGCAGCACCAGCAGCAGCUGCAGCAGAAGCAGCAGGAAGCCAGUGGUGGAGAACUCCGUGAAUACUUCCCCCCCCACAUCCUUCCUGAUGCUGCUGCUGAGGAAGAGGAGGGGGCCCCACCUGUUGCAGCUGAUACAGCCCGCAGCACGCUGCGGGAGCGGCUGCUGCAGCAGCUGCUGCAGGGGGUGCUGCAGCAGCAGCAGCUGCCGGAAGUUGCUGUUGCUGGGCGCAGUAAUGUGGGUAAAUCUUCGCUUAUAAACGCCUUCUUCAAACUCUGCAGCAGCAGCAACAACACCAGCAGCAGCAGCAACAGCAGCAACAGCAAGCUUCCUCACGCCCGCUCCUCCCGCACCCCUGGGCGCACCCAGGCCAUCGAUUUUUACCUUUUCAGCGUUGCUGCAGCAGCUGCUCAGCGGCAGCAGCAACAGCAACAGAAGCUGCGGCAGCAGCUGCAGCGGGGGGCCCUUGUCCUUGCGGAUCUCCCGGGGUAUGGCUAUACAGAAGGCAUCUCCCCAGAGAAGACGCGGCAGAUAUCUCGCACUUUAGAGGUGUACAUACAGCGCAAAGAGCAGCAGCAACAGAAGCUGCAGCAAGUGCUGCUGCUGGUAGACGGCAGGAGAGGCAUGGGAGCCCACGAUGCUGCGCUGAUGCGGCUGCUGCUGCAGCAGCAAAUCCCAACAGCAAUUGCGGUCACGAAGGAAGACAGACUGAGCUCCAAGCAGCUUGUGGAUCUGGUGGAGAAUCUAUCGGAUUUCAAACAACUUCUGCUUCCCCCCUAUUUGCUGCAGUUGCGGCUGAAGCUGCUAGUGGAGCAGCAGAAACGCAACAGCAACAACAACAAAGACGAAAGCGAUGAACACGACGACACCAGCAGCAGCAGCAGCAGCUGCUGCAGCAGCAGCAUUAAUGGCCCAGCAGGCUUCUUCAGAACCGUGCAAAAUCCCUUUGCCGCAGAUACCUCACCCCUGGAACAACAAGAGCAGCAGCAGCAGCACCAACAGUCGAAGCAGCAAGUCCCUGUCUUCCUCGUUUCUGCCCGCACAGGCUCGGGCAUAAAGCAACUCUGGCAGCACGUCCUUAAAACUGCAGCAAAAGGGCCUCCUAAGGAACACGCACCAGCAGCAGCAGGUGCAACAGCAGCAGCAGGUGCAGCAGCAGACCCGACACCCUCUCCAGCAAAACGGCGCGUAGAUAAGUCAAGACGGAUGGCGCUGCUCCUGGCAGGGCCGCAGCACAUGCCAGAUGAUUGCUUCUAG